AUGGAUCUUGAGUUGGCGAAGGCCUUCACAGAGCUUCAAGCCAAAGUUAUCGACACUCAACAGAAGGUGAAACUGGCAGACAUACAGAUUGGACAGCUAAACAGAACGAAAAAGCAUGCACAUCUUACACAUACAGAGAUCAUGAUGUUGGUAGAUGAGACUAACGUGUAUGAACGUGUAGGAAGAAUGUUUAUUUUUCAGUCCAAGGAAGCAAUUCGUAAUCAACUGUUAGAGAAGCAAAAAACAGCAGAAGAAAAAAUCAAAGAACUAGAACAGAAAAAGUCCUACCUGGAGCGGAGCGUUAAGGAAGCUGAGGACAACAUCAGGGAGCUGCUGAUGGCACAAAGGGCCCAGUAG